CUCAGGCUCCCUGGCUGCUGGAAGCGCUUUAGGGAAAGCGGAGAAAGGCCUUAAUACCCUGCGUUUGGGGGGUUGGCGUCCGUUUCUGGAGCUCAUUUGAGGCUCUGGCCGCUCCUCCCUCCUCCCUCUGGACAAAGGCCAGCCCUGAUCGGGCCUGUGCUCCUCAUUUGCGCCUCUGAUCAUUGAAGCCUCGGAGGAUUUCUGGGUAACCGACGGUGCUGACCGCCUUGGCCAUCUCAGGGGCGGAGGCUUCCCUGGCAUUUCCUUGGGAUCUUUUCUCCUAAGCUCUAGUGAUAUUUAAUCUCAAGAUGUCAGAAGGCUUUUCUGUCCCAGUUCCAGAGGAACAGAAGGAAGUUUUGAAAGUGAAAGAAGAAGACUGUACUUGGGAACAGGCAUCCAGCCAACCAGAAUUAAACAGUUUUACCCAGGAGGCCUUUCGGCAGCGUUUCAGACAGUUUUGCUACCAGAAGACAACCAGGCCCCGAGAGGCUUUGAACCAACUAUGGGUGCUUUGCUGUCAGUGGCUGAGGCCUGAGGUGCAUACAAAGGAGGAGAUUAUGGAGCUGUUGGUGCUGGAGCAAUUUCUGACUAUCCUUCCCCAGGAGCUCCAGGCCUGGGUGAAGAAGCAGUUUCCACAAAACAGCGAAGAAGUAAUUACUAUAUUGGAGGAACUGGAGCAACAACCGAAUGAAGGUGGACAAGAGAUUUCAGUUCUUGCACAAAGACUAGAAGAACACUCAGAGGAGACAGAGCAUCAAGGAGAAUCCCAGAAGUCACAAAGCCUCCAGCUGAAGUAUGAAUCUCAGGAUCGCUGUCCCUUACAAGAGAAUGCUGUCCCUGUUUCGCAGGUUUCUUCUCAUCACCAGGGGGAACUCCUCAGGGACCAGACAGUGGUAUCAGUUUUUAAUUCUACUCAAUCCCAGACAUUGGUGAAGACUGAGGAAGAAGUGAAGUUCCUUGUUUCAGAAGAGUGGCAGUGUUUUGACCCAGCUCAGAAGAAUACAUGUGGGAAUGUGGCACUGAAGAAUUUUAGGAACCUUGACUCGUUAACUGGAGAGAUCAUAAUUAAAGAUGGAAUGUUGCUUCCAAAGCAAGAAAUUUCUAAAGAAAUAGACUCACAAGAAGAGGUCUCUCAUGCACUAAGAAGAGAUUGUUCACCUCAGAUCCUUGUUGGUCCUCCUGUACAAGCUGAAAAAAACAUUGAAUUUCUGAAUACUCUUAAAGACCGUAAUCCUGGGGAUUUAUGGUCUAGAAUGCACAUCUCGUCAAUGGAAUAUGCUGCAGGUGACAUCACACGGAAAGAUAGGAAAAAAGACAAAACAAGAGUAAGUGAAUUGCUACAAGGUCUUACAUUCUCUGGUGAUUCUGAUGUUGAUGAAGAAGAUGAAGUUGAGUCACACCCUGCUAGAAAGAAGCAGAAAGUAACUACUUUUACAGAAAAGAAAUGGAUCAAAAGAGAUAUUCAGCCCAAUUUUCCAAGCUGGUCAGCAUUGGAUUCUGGAAUUUUGAAUCUCAAAAGUGAGAAACUAAGUCCAGUCGAGUUCUUUGAAUUAUUUUUUGAUGAUGAAACAUUCAAGUUAAUUGUUGAUGAAACAAAUCAUUAUGCCGCUCAGAAAAAUGUCACCUUGGAAGUUACAGUUCAGGAAAUGAAGUGUGUUUUUGGUGUUCUUCUUUUGAGUGGAUAUAUUUGUCAUCCCAGGAGAGGAAUGUAUUGGGAAACUUCAGAUAAAGAGCAGAGUCUUGUUAGCAAUGCAAUUAGAAGGGAAAGGUUUGAAUUAAUAUUUUCAUACCUCCAUUUUGCAGAUAACAGUUGUCUAGAUCAAUCAGACAAGUUUACAAAAUUGAGGCCUCUUAUAGAUCAAAUGAAUAAAAAUUUCCUCUUAUAUGCUCCCUUGGAGGAAUAUUAUUGCUUUGACAAAUCAAUGUGUGAAUGUUUUGAUAGUGACCAAUUCUUUAAUGGUAAACCUAUUAGAAUUGGUUAUAAAAUAUGGUGUGGGGCAACUACCCAGGGUUAUUUAGUUUGGUUUGAACCCUAUCAAGUUGAACCAGUCCUAAAAGCAGAUAAAGAUCAUGACCUUGGUUUAGGUGGAAAAUUAGUAAUGAACUUUGCUAACAUUCUCUUGGAGCGAGGACAGCAUCCUUAUCAUAUAUGUUUUGACAACUUUUUCACAAGUAUCAAACUAAUAUCAGCUCUGAAGAAGAAAGGGGUGAAGGCCACAGGAGCAAUUCGUGAUAAUAGGACUGAAAAAUGUCCUUUGAUGAAUGCAGAAAAUAUUAAAAAAAUGAAAAGGGGGUCAUUUGAUUUCAGAGUGGAAGAAAAGGAAGAGAUAAUUCUGUGUCGUUGGAAUGAUGAAAAUUCCAUCAACCUGUGCUCCAAUGCUGUGGGCAUAGAACCACUGAGCCAAGUAAGCUAUUCUGUUGAUGAAAAAAAGAAAAUUCAAGUAAGUCAGCCAUCAAUAGUUAAGUUGUAUGAAGUAUGUAGGUAUGGUGUUGCCAAGAUGGAUGAAAAUAUUUCCAAGUACAGGAUAAGAAUUAGAAGCAAAAAAUGGUAUUCAAUUUUGGUAAGCUACAUUAUUGAUGUGGCCAUGAACAAUGCAUGGCACCUAUAUAGAAUCUGUUGCCCUGAUACUUCUUCAAGUCUUUUGGAUUUCAGAAGAUGCAUUGCACAUUUCUAUUUGGAGAAUAAUGCUAAUCUAGCAGACUAAGCAAGAUAAAGUCAGCAGUUACAUACAGAACUAAAAAGUAAAUAUACCACGACUUCCCACUUAGAACAUCAGUACUUCAAUAAUUUAUUGGAGGAACAAAUUCAUUAAUUUAGGUACUUCCUCCAUCAUUACAUCCUUAACCUCUGUGAUUCCCCCAUAGUGCACCUACUCAAUGCCCUAGUGGCCUUCCUCUGGUUCUUUUAACCCUCCAAAGAAACCAGUGUGUCACUCAGACUAUCCAUUAUCCCUUAGUAUGUACUGGGGCCAAGCACUUUUCUAAUCAUAUUACAUAUCUUAAAUAAUAUAUUUUAUAUCAGUUCUUACAAACAAAUUAUCAUUGGCUAUCUGCUACAUCCUACUAAUGUCUGCUGCAUCUCUCCAUUGUCCUGUGGAUUAUCUGUGAUUUUUUUUUAUAUUGUGGAAUUUUAUGAUAGCUAAUCAGCUUCAACAAGAGAAUAUUGAUGUUAAGAAAGAUGGAUUUUUCUAUUAGAGAGUAACCUGGGAUCACUGAAAGCACUGCCUAUGUAUGUAGUGGUAUACAAAGUCAAUGGGUUGCCUAUCCAAACUACAUGCCAUGAAUAAUAAGCAUUUUCACAAUUUUUGUUUUUCCUAUUUGAUUUCUUAGGUUUAAGAAGUCACAUAGUUUUUAAAAUUUCUUUUUAAAUAUAGUUUUGUGCUUGAUUGAGGAGGCCCCCUAGUAUUCUUGGGCUUGAUACAAUCAACGCAAUGUCAUUCACAAAUAGGUUAAUCUGGAACUCGCCGUUUCUAGAAAACCCCUCUGCACAAGACAUCUUCUGUAACAAUGGCAAACACCUUUCUUAAGUGUAUCCAUUUUAGGCCUCAGUUGAUAUUGAUCAUCAUAAAAUGAUUGAACAAAGAUAUCUUUGUGGGUCCAUUUGGUAGAGAAUCAUGUAUAAUUUUAACAUAUGCAUGGGAGAGAGAUCUUUGAAGUCUAUAUUUUGCUCAUUCAUUAACAUCUUCUGGAAAGACAGCUUUGAAGUCUGUGUAUUGCUCAGUAAGAUGUAUUUCUGUAAUCAACAAAUAAUAAUUAUAAUGGAAGCUUGUAUUCUUUUUGAUUUUCUAUCAACUGUGUGACUCUGGGUAUAUGGUCUACAGUAGAAAAAAAUUUCUGUAAGCCUGCCUAUUGCUUUAUCAUAUUUUCAUUGAGGAUAUACUAUACAUAUGUAUGUAUAUGAAUAUACGUAGGUGUGUAUGUAUAGUUUACAUAAAGAUAAAGUAGAUAUGUAGUUAGAAGUUGUUGGUAUAUUUUUAUCAUCUUUUUUAGGUAAGAAUAACUGUAAUCCAUUAUUAUUUCCAAUUGUGUUAUAAUUCCCUUAUUCCUUUAUCUUAAAGAGUCAGUCCUUCAGGCAAAAUAUAAUGACUUAUAACAAAGAAUAAACUGUCAAAAUUGCAUAUAAUCCUAUGGUAAAUUCCAAGUAUUCCUCAUGAAAAGGCCAGAACUGAGCAAAAUUUUUGAAAUACAUGUUCAAGAGUCAAGAGAAAUACAGAAUGGUAAAAUACACUAGAUCAAUUAAAAAUAUCAUAUGAUGAUGAAUUAUUUACUUCUAAUGGAGGAAAGAGGGAAUGUUCUCUCAGAAUUCUAAUGACCUCAAUGAUCUCAGAGAAAGUUAAAUAAGUUAAAUAGAAGGCUGUGGGAUUAUGUUUUCAUUACAUUAGAAGAAGGAAAUAGGAAAGAUAGGGCAGGAAAGAAGGAGGUAGUAUCUCUCACAAUAAAAGUGCAUGAAAUAAAGAUUAUAUAGAAAUUAAGGAAGAGAUGGGUGAAGUGAGCAUCCCAUGAAUCUUACUUUCACCUGAACCAGAGAAAAGAAGGUUGAACACACACAUUUAUUCCCACACAUACAAAGGGCUUCGUAUAGAAAUUUAUUAAUGGCAACAGGGAAAUAGGAGGAAGGUUUAAGAAGGAAGGAAGUACAGGGAGGAAAUACUAAGCAAAAUAGAAUUCCAGCAUCAGGGGAUCCUGAAGAGGAAGUUUCAAAAAUCUGUAAUUAAGGGUGUGAAAAAGGGAAGAGAAGAAAGAAUGGAGUUAGAAUGGAAGCAAUCCUUCACAAUUACAGAUCACCAGUGUUAAGCAAACUUCUUUCUUUAGCCAUCUUUUUUGUAAAGAGGGACCUUGGAGACAAAAAGAAGGGAAAGUAUAAGAAUAAAGGAUGUAGGGAAAUACACAACUAACAAUCAUAAAAAUGAACAUGAAUAGCAUGAUCUCACCCAUAAAACUAAAGGGGACAGAAUAGGGUAGCAUCCAACAACAUGCUGCUUAAAAGAAACUCUUGAGAUAAAAAUUCAGAGUUGAAAUCAGUAGCUACAGUAAAAUCCACUAUGAUUCAGGUGAACUUUUUAAAAAAAUAGUAACAGUAAUGAUUUCAGACAAGACAACAGUGAAAAUGGACAUGAUAAAAAGAAAUAAGCAGGGAAACAUGCGUGUACUUAAAGGCUAACCUGAUAAUGAACCAGGGACUAAAUCAAGAUGGUGGAGUGAGAAGAAGCACUUUAUUCUAGCUUGCCAGUAUCCUUUUUCUACAAUGAUCUACAAAUUCUUAUUGGGAAAGGCAAGAAAAAGUCAUAGUGAGGCAACUUUGGAUAAGGAUUCACUAUUCAACAAAAAUGAAAAUCCAGGAAAGUACUCUGGCAGAAUUGGCUAUAGAUCAGCAUGUUACAGUAAAUACCAAGAUAAGCUCCAAAUGGAUACACGACUUAGACAGAAAAGGUCACAUCCUAAACAAAUUAGGGAAGCAAGGAAAGACAUAUCUACCACAACUAUAGAUGGGAGAAAAAUUCAUGACCAAACAAGUAUAAUAGGAAAGAUCACAGAACAUAAAAUGAACCGUUUUGAUUUGGUUUUGCUAGAACAAAACCAAUGCAGAUGAAAAUAGAAGAGAAAUAGGUAACUGAGGGAAAAAUUUUUGAAGUAAAUUUCUCUGAUAAAGAUCUAAUAACCAAGAAAUAUAAGAGGUUGCUUCAAAUUUAUAAGAAGAAAAAUCACUCCCAAAUAAAAAUUAUUCAAAGUCACAGUUAGUUUUUCUUUUUCUUCCCUUUUUUCUUUAUUUUUGAAAUUUAGAUUAUUAUUUAUUAAUUAUUGAUUAAUAGCUAAGAGUUUUAGUAAUGACUAUAACCAAUUUCUGCAGCUUAGAUUUGGAUUUAUUUUGUAUAGGCCUUGGUAGAAAAGUUUGGAAGAGACUACAUACACAAUUGAAAUUAACCCUGCCUCUUGAAGGAAAUAAAGAAAAUGGAUGGAGGGCAAUUCAACCUUAUCAGGAGAUGUUUUUCCUACCACUAGGUCCCUCUGGUGAAGGGGAGGUAUCCAGUUGGAGACUUUCCAAGGGAUGUUCAACUCUAUGUUUUCCUUGUUACAAUGAAUUCUGGAGACCACUCCCCUCCUUUUGCAAAUCAGCAUAACUAGGUACCAAUCAAAGUCUGAAUUUAUUUGGCACCGCUAAAUCUUAUGUAAAUGAACUUAAGUAACCAAACUAUGUAAAAGGCUGCUCUGACUAUAAAGUAUGUCUUUGGUGACUAACCUCUAUUAUUGGUAAUUGCUAGCCUUGCCAAUAAAGAGAUUAUGCUUGGA